AUGAUCUGUUGCCACAGCAAGCAACUCGAAGCUAUGUUCGCAAAGGCCAAGCCUAUGACGGUCUACUACGAGAAGGCCGACAAGUUGCGAAAUGACCUGGCCAGAUACGUAUUCCCCGAGGUCAAUGCGAAGGAGUUCGAAGACAAAAAGAUGGACAGACAGGCUAUACCAUUGAUCAAGACCGCAUCCGAGAACUACCCUCUAAUCGGAUAUGCCAGUCUUGUCAAGAAAACCAUCAUGGACGCAGUAGCAGGCGAGAUGAUCGCCAAGAACAACAGAAAAACGGCACAAAAUCCUGCAGCCGAUUUGAGUCUAGCAGGGCGCCUGGAAAUCCUCAAACCCCAGGCCGUACAUGAAGUAGUCGCAAAGCUCUUUACCGUCGUCCACCGCAUCAACAGGUCCGAGAUCCGCAAGGCCGAGGAGGACAUCUACAAGGCUGCCGCUCAGCACCGCAUCAUACUUCCGGGUGUUGACGAGUCAACAGUUCGAGCGCUCAUGCAGUGGAUCUACCAGAAGACUCUUCCGUUCGAAGGGUCCGAACAGACUUACGCCGUCAUGAAACUCACCGAGAGGCUCGGUGUUGAUGUGCUCGCCACCAAAUGCCGUGACGCGCUGUGCCACGUCACCAACGCCAGCAUCGAGCGCGCCGAUGCCGAUGGUACCUCUUUCCAAACGCUCAUAGGAUAUGGCACGGAACGCCCCGCUGACGACAUUGUGAGAGUCGUUUUCGAGCACGCUAUGAAGGACGAGACUGCCCCCAGGGAGCUCAGGAGCCUUAUCAUUGACGCCCUUGCCGGAUAUCUUGAUCUCGAACUAUGGCAGCACGUUAAGUGUCAGAUCAAACAUUUGACGGCACUUCAAUUGAUUGAAUCCAUGGUCCGCUUGCGACCGCUUGUCAAGACCGAGAUGGAUGGCCAAGACAGCAUCAAGUCCGAGAGCCAGGAAGCCUCUGGCACCGAUGUCUCUGAGAACAUGGAAGUCGACAAGGACAAGAAGCCCAUUCACGUCAAAGAGCAGAACGAAACCCACGUUUGA